AUGGUGCUGACUUCAAAAUCAGUUAGUAUUGAUAUUCCAAGUCCAGUUACCCUGUCAUCUGCACAGUAUCUAGGAAAAGAUAGAGGUCAGUUGUUUGCAGACAGAAGUGCACAAAAGAGCAGCAAUUCUGAUUUUGUGUUUGGAGAAAACAUGGAUGAAAGAGUUCUGAGCCCUGAAAAGCAUCCCAAGCUGUGUAAUGAAGCUGAUUCAUAUAAAGGAGAAAUAACAUCCAUGUACAUAGAGUCUUUUUAUGUCAGUCCACAAACAAAAACAGCUUUGUUGAGGAAUGCAACACCAACGGAAUCAGCAACUGCUUGUAUUUCUAAGCCAGUGGAGAAAGUUCUGUUAGAUAAAGUUGAAGUUAUAACUGGGGAAGAAGCAGAACACAAUGUAUUGCAGAUAAACUGCAAGCUCUUUGUUUUUAAUAAGCUCUCUUUAACCUGGACUGAAAGAGGCAGUGGAUCCCUGAGGCUUAAUGACACUUCUAGCAAUAAAGAUGGAAUGUUGCAGUCAAGGCUAAUUAUGCGAAAUCAAGGCAGCUUGAGACUAAUUCUUAACACCCGACUUUGGGAUCAAAUGGUUAUAAAAAGGGCAAACAGGAAGAGCCUGUGCUUCACUGCAACAGACCAAGAGGACCACUCUGUUCAAGUAUUUCUAAUUCAGGGAAGCUCAAAAGACACUGGGUACCUGUAUGCAGCAAUACAUCACCGCCUUGUGGCACUGCGAAGCUUUGCUGAGCAAGAGCCAGAUACUAAUCAAGCAGACACAGAGUCAGAAAUAGCUUCUCAGCCAUUAAACUGUGAUAGUGACGAUGAAGCUGAUGAAAAAAUAACUCAAGAGAGCAGCAGUGGAUCUGAGCAGCACAGUGGCACUGUUCAGAUUCCCAGUGGGAAAUUCAGAUUCCCACAGGCACUGGGGGAGCAGGAGCUUGCCUUGAAGGGAUCUAACUAUGCUGGUCUGCUGGAGCGACAUCGCAUUCACACAAAAAACGUGGAGCACGUUGUAGACAGUUUAAGGAACGAGAGGAUAGAAGUUCGUCUUGUUAAACGUCGAGAAUAUAAUGAAGACACAGUUCGGUGGGCAGAUGCUGUUGUAUCAGCAGGAGGAGAACAACUGAGAUGGAACUAA